ACUUCAAAAAUAAGAGCGAAAGUGGUGUUUGUUUAUUACAAAAAUACGCUAACGCCAUUUAUCAUAGUACAGAGGAACAAGCUCUCAUAUAUUCGUUCUUGGAGUCCCUCCAACUUCUCGGUAUAGAAAUAGAUUAUACAUUGUGAACGAAAGGAAUUUCCCACAUCGAAUCAAACGGAGGGUAUUACCAACAGCGAUUUCGUUGUGCAAUUAGAGAAAGUCUAAAUUAAAAUCGACCCAUUUUACACGUGCUAGCGUUUGUGUACCAAUUUAUUGCCAGUUAAAGUGUUCAGUUUUGAAAAUCUGCCAAAGUGCAUCUUUGCCGAGAAGGCCCCUUUCAACGUUCCCCAUCGUAAAUCGACGAUUGCGAAUGGAUCUUCAGAGUCAGCACUGGGUGGUGACGGCGGCCUUGGUGACUUCGUCGGUGAUCGCGCUCGUCGCCAACUUUUUGCUACUGCUGGUUUUUUGCAGAAGACGCGGACUUCGCACUGUGUCCAACAGAUUCACGAUUAAUCUUCUCAUCACCAACUUGCUCUCGAGCGUGCUGCUCAUUCCUCUCCUAAUCGUCGACCAGACCUCGCUCCAGGAGCCGGCCGUCCUCGUCAAGGAGAUCAUUGAGGAGGCAGUCGAUGAGUCUCGACUGGUGAUCAACGAGAAGCUGGAGAUGGACAUUGUUGGCGCCCCCAAUAACACUUUGUGCUACGUGGCGCAGAGCACCGUAGGGUUCGUCUGCACGGCCUCAAUCCUCAGCGUGCUUCUGAUCGGGGUCGACCAAUACUUCGCGGUCAUCCACUCCUUACGCUACCACUCUUACAUUGACAAAGUGCGCUCGACCGUUCUGAUAAUGUCGGCCUGGUUCGUCGCCAUCUUCUUCGCGAUUCUAAGCGGUUUGAGCCAGAACGCCUCGAACUUGUGGCAGUUCUGCUCGCGCCGGAGCACGGACGAGGACUACAUCAAGUUGCUCAAUUCCGUCUACGCGGUGGUCUACUUCUUGGCCGUCGUCCUCGCACCGUUCCUCGCGAUAUGCGCGAUCUACGUCUGCAUCUACUCGGCGGCGCACAACAGCAGCGAGCGCAUGCGCCAGUCCACCAAGGGCCCCCCGGUAAAGGCGCCCAGCGAAAGUCGGCUGGAUCUCGCGCAGGACUCGCCCAGCUUGCAACGGGUGCGAUCGGCGCCCAUCAUCUCGAAUUUGGUCGACAAUCCGAAUAACGUCAAGAGGAGCGUUAGCGAGCGCGUCGGCUUCAUAAGUCACCUCAAGCACCGCCUCUCGAACGCCUCGGUCUUUCGCUACCGGGAGGAAACGAGAGCGGCGAAGAUCAGCAUCUUAGUCAUAUUCAUGGUCCUCGUCUGUUACAUACCGUACGGAUUGGCCGUCGUACUUAACAGUUACAUCAUCAACAUCACCACGCCUCAGUCAUACAACUACGCGGCGGUCGUCCUGCUGAUGCUCUCCAACGUCGUGUCCCCGUUCCUUUUCGCCUACCGCAACCGAAGGAUACGGCGCGAGCUUCUCAAACUGCUCGGGCUCGUGCGCGCCAAAAAGAUCGCGAACAUACCGAUCGAGACGCCGCGCCGUCGAACGUCGGACGAUUGCAAACUAGUCGAGGCGCCCACGAUACAGCCGUUCCUCGCCAAUACGAUUCCCGAAGUAAUUAUUACCUGUAAGGUCGAGAACGACAAGUCUGAAAAAAGUAUUCUGAAGCGAGUGUGCAGCGGAAAAAAGUGGCCCAACUACAAGAAAUGCAAUUUCAUCACCGUACCUCCGAGCUGCUACCAGACGGAGAGCGCAAGGGGCUCGUUUUCAAGCGCGAGCACGCAGGUGUCAACGGAUGACUAGCUCGUAAUUACAAGUACAAAAUAAUUGAGGUGUUAUGAUCUCAGCAGUAUGCCAUAAGAUUUUUAAUUUAUUCGAUGUAAAUAUUUUUAUUAAAUUAUUCUAAUUU